AUGAAGACCGGAAUCGCCUAUCUUGCUGCCGUCUUGCCCCUGGCAAUGGCUGAGUCCCUGUGCGACCAGUAUGCCUACCUGAGCCGCGACGGGUACAACUUCAACAACAACGAGUGGGGUGCCGCCACCGGCACUGGUGAUCAGUGCACUUACGUCGACAGCACUUCCAGCGGCGGUGUCUCGUGGCAUUCUGACUGGACUUGGUCUGGUUCUGAGAGCGAAAUCAAGAGCUACCCCUACUCUGGACUUGACCUCCCAGAGAAGAAGAUCGUCACCAGCAUUGGCAGCAUCUCCACUGGGGCCGAAUGGAGCUACUCGGGCUCCAACAUCCGAGCCGACGUUGCCUACGACAUCUUCACGGCAGCUGACCCCAACCACGCUACCAGCAGUGGCGAUUAUGAGGUUAUGAUCUGGCUUGCCAACCUCGGUGGUCUCACACCUAUCGGUAGCCCCAUCGGCACCGUCAAGGCUGCCGGCCGCGACUGGGAGCUCUGGGACGGCUACAACGGAGCCAUGAGGGUGUACAGUUUUGUUGCCCCCAGCCAGCUGAACUCAUUCGACGGGGAAAUCAUGGACUUCUUCUAUGUUGUCAAGGACAUGCGCGGCUUCCCUGCCGAUAGCCAGCAUCUUCUGACUGUUCAAUUCGGUACAGAGCCCAUUUCUGGCAGCGGCGCCAAGUUCUCUGCACCGGUCCCGCGCGCGCAGAAGCGAAGGGUGACGCGCGAUGUGCUCCAGCGACUCGCCCGCUAUGAACUUAUCCUGCGCCAGCACGGCCUGUUGCCACAUGAGGCACACGAAACAGCCAUCCCAUCCGUUAAGGAGAUCACCAGAAUAGGAGAUCAAGUAGCCUCUUUCCGCUGGGACGAUAACGGAACCCCCAGAACUGGAAAACUAGUCGCUAGUAAGGGCAAGUCGAGAUACAUUGAUAGCAAUCUCUGGCACGACCUGGGGGAUGAGGAGAUUGCGUAUGUUUCCUCCAACGGGGAAGGAUCAGGGGAUGAUGAGGAAUACGAAUUACAGGACGCCGAAGAAGAUGAAAGUAUGAACGUUCAUUUGAGCAUUGGGGACAACAUAUCGGAUCCUCUGAGUGGAGCGUUUCUGGGUUCUCAGCAAAGCCUUCUCCAGUAUCAUCCAACCCACGAAAAUGCGAUGAUGAUGUGGAAGGCCCAUGCCGAGAACGUGGAGCCCAUUUGCAAGAUUCUUCAUAUUCCCUCUACCUUUGAGAUGCUAGAGAGGGUAUCACAAAAUCCCUCAACAGCGUCAAAGAAUGAGGAGUGCCUACUAUUUGCCAUCUAUCACUUUGCUGUCUUUUCUAUGAAUGAUGGCCAGUGUUUUGAGAGGUUGGGCCAGCCACGGUCCAAACUAAUGAAGGAGUACCACUUCGUUACAAGACAAGCGCUGGUCAAUGCAUCAUUUCUAAGAACUACCGAGAUGAUUGUACUGCAGGCAUUGGUUCUCUUCUUACUUUCAUGCCGCUAUUUCUAUGAUCCUUCCACAUAUUGGAUCUUGACUGGCGUGGCAAUCCGAAUCGGGCAACGCAUUGGGCUUCACCGAGACGGGGAGAAACUUGGGCUCCCACCAUUUGAAGUUCAGAUGAGACGCCGUUUGUUCUUCCAGCUGCUGCCCCUUGAAGGAAUUGCAAGCCAACUCUCUGGAACGGGAAUCACUGCCGUGCCUGAUAAUUGGGAUACGCUCCCUCCUCUCAAUAUCAACGACGACCAGAUCUGGCCCGGCAUGACAGAAAAGCCACAAGAGCAGAAGGGUGCGACAGAUAUGAUAUUCUGCAUGGCUCGAUCAACCGUGGGCAGCUUUCUGGCCAAAACUUCAGGAUGGCUCCAGCCCGCAGGAUCACACCAGGCUCAGGGUUUCGACGAAGCAGAGAGGAUCAUAAGCGAGGCAGAGAGCGCGGUUGAGGAGAAAUACAUCCGAUACUGCGAUAUUCUCAACCCGUUACACUUUCUAACCGUCGGGUCGAUCAGAUCAGCUAUUACUGCGAUGCGACUUCGGAUCCGCCUCCCCAAAGCGAGGAACAAUACCGCCACUGAGGCUGAACGGAGGGAAAUGUUCAAGUUAUCACAGAAGAUUCUUGAUACAGAUGCAGCUGCAUAUGCACAUGCAAGCCUAGGCAGAUAUCUCUGGCACGUGAAGCCCUUCUUCCUCUGGGGCUCGUGGGACUCCCUCAUCUAUACCCUGACAAGCCUCCGUGAAGGGGCUGGAUGGUUGGCCCUGGCGGACAUUGACGGUGCUUGGACCCGGGUGUCACAAGUCUACGCCAAUCAUCCGGAUCUUCUCAAGCCAAAACAAUCUUUGCACGUAGCCUUUGGACGUUUAACCCUCAAGGCUUGGGAUGCCAACCAGUUAAGCAACUCCAAGAAUAAGGAACCGGAUUUUAUCAAAUCGUUACGGUCGUCACGCAAAACCGAGGUUCAAACUCGUGAAAGUUCAAAGAUGCCUAGUACUGAAGGAACUUCGGGAGGUUCAGCACCUACUUGUAAAUCUAUACCGUCUCUGACAGGAGGUUUUGAAAAUACUUCCUCUGACAACUCUUUGGAUGCCAUGGCCCUGGAUGGGGGCAAUGGCAUAGACGUUGACUUGGUGCUCAUCGUCGGGGCCUCCAUCGCCGGCCCCAUGACAGCUUACUGGUUCGCCAAGGCCGGAGCAAGCGUCACUAUCAUAGAACGCUUCCCCCAGCUGCGGCUGAACGGGCAGAAUGUCGACAUACGCACCGUGGGCGUCACCGUCAUGCGAAAGAUACCCGGGAUGGAGGAGGCCGUGCGGGCCAAGACCCUGCCUUAUGAAGGGUUCAGCUUCGUCCACAGCGACGGGCGUCCUUUCGGCACCAUUAAACCCACUGGCAAUGCUGAUAAGCAGUCUCUCGUCUCCGAGUACGAGAUCUUCCGUGGUGAUUUGUCUCAGGUUCUCUAUGACAUGACAAAGGAUGACAAGAAUAUCCGGUAUGUCUUUAACGAGCAGGUGGCUUCGAUAAAGCAUACGGGGGACGAGGAUGAGGCUGUCACCGUCGAGUUCGCCAACGGUCUGCCGAGUGCGGAAUAUGACCUCGUCGUCGCCUGCGAUGGCGCAACAUCAAGGACAAGGGCCAUUGGUCUUGGGUGCGGCGUCCGAGACCACAUCAAGCCAAUAAACUGCUGGGCGGCUGUCUUCACCAUCGAGAAAGUCAUCCUCCCUGAUCUGAAGAUGGGACAGGCAUAUAGCGCCCCCGGGGGUCGUUUUAUUGCCGUCGGCUCCGAUUCGCCUAGUUCAAGCCGGAUCUCCCUUCUUGGAAUCAAUAGGUCCGAUGAUGCAGAUGCCAUGCCACCUUUUCGUGAAGCUCAAAAGCAAGGGGACGCAGCACUCAAGGCGUUCAUCUCUCAGCACUACAAGGGUGCUGGCUGGAAAACAGAAGAGAUCCUCAACGAAAUGAUGGCGUCCAAGGAUUUCUACGCGAACGAGAUUAUGCAGGUCAAACCUCCAACCCUGCACAAGAGUCGUUUUGUGUUAGUCGGCGACUCGGGGUAUGCUCCAGGCCCGACUGGUGCAGGGACAUCUCUUGCCAUGGUCGGUGGCUAUGUGCUAGCCGGCGAGUACCUGAGAAGCAGGAGGGACAUAUCCGCCGCGUUGAAGGCCUAUGAGACGCAAAUGCGGCCCAUCAUUGAUGAUCUGCAAAAGAUACCUCCCUUGAUUCCCGGUGUGCUCGCACCGCAGACAGAAUGGGGGAUCUGGCUGCGGAACCAGAUAUUCGCCUUCAUUUCUUGGAGCAGAAUGAUGGAGAUUAUUCCCAGGUUUUUCGUCACUUCUUUUAACAGCGGGGAUAAAUAUGCUCUGAGAGAUUACGAGUGGCCUGAUAAAGAAGCCUAA